CAAAACAACACGUUCCAGCCCACAAGGAAAAAAAACAUGGAAGAGGCGAAGAGAGAAGAGGUGCAGAGAGUAACCGUAGAAUUGAAGCACGGAGACGAUCGGACACACACUGUGUUGUUCGCAGCGGGAACGGCUCUUCUGAUAGCGUGGCUGAAACGCGCCGUCAUGGUGUGCCUAGUGGAGCAGUGGCGCGCGUGGGUGUUCCUCGCCCUCAACCUCGUGCUCUUGGCUAUCGUCUUCACAUCUGCACGCUCCUCCACCACCGCCACCACCACAAGCGAAGAUGAAGAAACCAAUGAAAGUAGUGAUAAUAGUAGUAGUAGUAAUAAUAAUAAUAAUAGCAAUGCAGAAGUAGUGGAAGCGGAGAGGAAGAAGAGAAGGAGACAAUCUAGACGGUCUGGAGCAGCAGAAAUGGGAAACGAGAACGGUGAUUGUGGCCACAAAACGUAUAGGAGAAGAAGCAGUAGGGUCGAGGCAGAGCGAGUAGAUGAAGGAGUGGAUGCAGAGAAUCGAGGGUUGUCAAAAGAGGAGCUGAAUGAGAGAGUGGAAGCUUUCAUUACAAUGUUUAGGCAGCAUUUAGUUUUGGACGCGAGAAGAGUCGCCGCUCUGCAGCCAGUCCACAGGAGGUUUCCAAGUUUCAAAAUCCGGGACUUUGGCAUGUGGCAAAGGUUUGCUUUACAUUUUGAAAAUUUGAACCUUUUUGGACCUUUAGUGCACCAUGGGAGGUAGGCACGUGGCGCUGGUGUAGUGGCAUAUUUCUUCCUUUCUUUCUUAGAAUGGUAUUAUUUAUUGAGGUAAACUUCACUCAUUUUGGAUUUAAA